AUGGCGGACCCCGUAAAAAACAUCAUCAUUAAGCUUGGAAGAAAGGUACACCCUCCGGCGGCAGCCCUCAAACACAUUCAGACACUUCUACAGUUGGCUAUGAAGAAGAAGCUCAAACUUGAUCCUCUGCUUCGCGACGAGAUUCUGGUGACUGUUAUGACCAACUAUCCGGAGUUUUAUGCUGAAUGGUCGGCAGAUGAUGUAACUGAACUUCUUGUGUUGGUCGCCGAAGCCAGUGAUGACGUCUCUCCAGUGUUUAUUCCAGAACCUUUCGAUGGAAAUCGGGCCGGGGCAUUCCUUCAAUUUUUUGCUCAACGUGCCCUACAAUCUGUUGAAGAAGCUCAACGACGAGAGGAGUCCCAAGCUCUACCUGUUGAUUCUUCUAUUCCAUCGUCUGUGUCUGUUUUGCCUGAAAAUCAAUCUUCUUUGGGUUCCGAGAAGUCCCCUGUGAAUGUUGAUCCUUUAUCUUUGCCUGUGACUAAUUUUGCUGGUGAAAAAUCUGAUGCGUUACAUGUGUCUGAUGAGAAAACAAAGUCCUCUGAUGAGCCAAAUCCACUGAGUCUGGUUGUUUAUGCUUCUAAGAACAUUGCUCUGCCUCCGUCUGAAACUGUUUAUGUCUCUAAAGAAUCUUGUCCUGCUGUUGAUCCUCCUGCCUUACCUGCAAUUGUUAAAACUGUUGAUUUAUCAAGUCCCCACAAGUCUGAGAAAACAGAAUCCUCCAGUGAAGAUGAUAAGAUUCUGGCUGAGGUGUAUGGAUCCCAAGCACCUUCUUCUGCUGCCCCUACUGUUGAGGGAACUGCUCAUCCCGAUUCCACGAAUUCCAGAAUUCGAGAGAUAUCAAAUAUUGUUGGGAGCUCAUCUGCAAAUGUUUCUGAUUCUAGCCACUCGCCUGUGAAGAAGAGAAAGUCGAGUGACACUGCUAAGCCUGAAGGAGACCCACCUAUCCACCAAUUUUUCAAGACUCUACGUUCCUCUGUUAAGCAACAAGGCACUACUGCUGCUCAAGCUUCUUCUGCACCAGCCCCCUCUGUCAGAAAAGGGAAACCUACCACAAGGUCAAGAGGUCGAAGUGUAACUCCGGAGGUUCCACCUAUUGAAGGAAUUGAUACUACUGUUUACAAACAUCAGUUUGUAUCUCCUGCUGCACAAACAAAAUGGGCCACUAUGGUCAGAAGAGAGCUGAUUGUUCAAAGAACUGUGGAUAAGAAUCAACUGAACUCCGUUUGCGACAUCCUGCCCUUGCUGAAUGAAGUUGGUCUUUUGAAAACUGUUACAGAUGUUUGCCCUUACUCCAAGCUGCUCACAUAUGAGUUCUAUUGCAAUCUCAGUGAUGAGAUUGACAGUCUCACAGGGCCACGACCGAUGCAAAUCUUCAUCAGAGGGAAGUGGUAUGAUUUUGGGCCAGAUGUGAUAAAUAAAUACUAUGGCUUGCCUACAGUGCAAGAAGAAGCUGUUACUGAAUGGGAUGUGGUGGCCAAAACUCUUACUGGUGGACAUACUACAUCUUGGCCUACAGGAGAUAAGGACUAUUUGCUGAGCUCGCAUCUCACGUCUAGAUAUGUCAUCCUACAUCGCCUGGCUCUGCACAACUGGCUUCCAUCAGCGCAUUUCAACACGGUUGGCAAGCUUCUGGCAGGGUUCUUAUUUAGAAUUGGAACUAAGAUGCAGUGUGAUCUGGGCAAAUGGAUUUUUUAUCAUGUUCUAACUCUGGUUCAUCCCCGGGAACAGAAGGUAAGACUACCGUUUCCAAAUCUGAUUUUUGGCAUCCUUACCUCUCAGGGUCUUAAGCCUAUGCCCAGCGAAGUGAUCAGUCCGACGCUGCUUUACACUGUUGAUAAACGUCUUCUUUCUGGAGAUCAUAUUAAUGAUGUCGUUCCGGUGACUGCCCCAUCCAAUUCGGAACCUGAUGCUGUGAAUGAUGAGUCUCCACAUGCUAAAGAUGAGAGGCUUUCCGAACAAUUGAAGGCGCGAGUUGCUGAUCUUGAGACGGUGCACGGUAUCAUUGCCAAGCAACUGACUGGUGCGCGCACUGAGCUAGCUACUGUUCUUCUCCGCAUGAGCCUGUCUGCUACUGCUGCUGCUGCUGAGGAUCCCGUGAAGUCUGACUGUGACUCUCCCUCAAAGGUUUAA